UAGAGCGACUACCACGAGGCCCUAAGGCUGAGUGGAAUAUGGGUCACAGACGCACUAAAGUGUUCCAUUCGCGCUCGUGCAAUAGUUUAAGGGACCGAAUUUACAUUCGUGGUCUUCAGCUCAGCAUAUCAAGAAGAGAAACAGCAGAUCAAAGGAAAUAGGCCAUUUACUGUAUCCACUGAGUGUUCUAGGUCAUGUGGCAACUAAAUUGACGUAUGGCCAGUCUGAAUGUCAACACCAAAGUUCACUUUAUACCGAGUUGACGCCGGUAGAAAGCCUCAAUGCUUUUUUGAAUUGAAAUUCCGAAUUGUAAACAAUCACUUUGGGAGAAUGGUUCCCAAAAAUAGUUUGACCUACACUGCACACGGUGAACACACAAGGGGCAUAUUCACCGUCCAGCGUGGAUUCUGGGCCAACUCGCAGUCUACUGCUUCAGCAAGCCGAUGUGUAAAUGGUCCGUGUUCCAACUAAAGGAAUCAGGUGACAAUCAAUCAUUAGAGACCGUCGAAGGUAUUUCAAGCACCAUGACCAUAACUUCAGUGAUAGUCGGGACAGUCGUCACCCAAGUCGUUGGGGCGUUCUGGUACAAUGUAUUCGCCGAGCCGUGGAUGAGAGGUCUCGGAAAGAAAAGGGAGGACUUCAAGAACACGGACAGUUCUCCGUUCCUUCUGGCGUUCCUGGCCAUGUUCGCUCUGUCAGCUUUCAUGUCUGCAACGCUCAGGCCUUUCUUUGGAGUGGUGACUGUGGAGGAGGCCAUCCACUUUGCUCUGCGCGUGUCGGUAGCGGGAGCCCUGCUGCAGAUUCCUCACAGGAGCUUCCAGGGCACAGGCUGGUCUACCUAUUUCGUGAAUGUCGGUUAUGACGCCGUCUGCUUGCUCAUUAUCUGUGUCAUAACUACAAUGCUGUAGGUAGACUAGACUUCUUACAGCGUUCAUUUAGGCCUACUGUUUUUAUGUUUAGAGGGUGAAUACAUGAUGGCCAGUAACAGACCAUAAUGACACGAAGUCAAUUUCAACCAAGCGAGUGGGCCGAUAUACAACGAGCAAGCAAUUUUAAACUUGGCUGAGAAAGAAACAAAGAUAGACCUACAAAGGUUAGCCGUACCAAAAACCAAAGGAUAUGGAAGCUUUUGAUAGGCAGACGGCCAGACUAGCAGAUAAGACACAACAGAAGCGAAUUCACAGGGAGAAAGGGGUUGGGGUAUAGACUAAUCCGAUUAGACGCCAUAACUGCGGUGGCACCGCACUCACACGCACAUUCUUCAGCUUGACGCGCGCGUGCAUAUGGCAAAUCACGACACCCUGUUGGUCGAAAAGACGUGUAACGCGCGCGUUUCAUCUGUCCACGAGUAUUGUGCCACCGCAGAAAUGAUUUCUAAUUCUGGUCGUCGAAUUACACUAAAAACCCCUGCUCUGACACGCACACAAAAGAGAAUAAACAAAUCUAAAACAAUGAUAGUAUUACUGAAAAAAGAUAAUAUCUUCUAAAGGGUUAUUUUUCCUACAUGCGUUACCUACGUGCCCGUCUGUCCGCAACAAUUGGACUAUAGGAAAAAAUCUAAGGGACCUUCCCCUCCCCUCAAAAAAUCGGAUCCACCCCUGGCAAAUACACAAAUAAAUAAAUAAAUGAUGUAAUUGAAAAUUUCCUUUCCAAGAUUUAAUGUAGGAAUACAUCUUAGCUGUAGGAUAUUUAGAUACAGUUUAUGUCGUGCAAGAAUGGAAUUUCUCAUCAAAUGCUAACAUAAUCUGUUCUCGUUAAAUGACUUAAGGUUUGUUUGGUAUUUGUAUACGUUUUGAAAAUUUGUUCGGUGGAUACGUUAUCGGUUCAGCUGUUUAAAAGUGUAACGUUAUAAUUGUUACUCGCAUAUUCGUACAUUUUGAAGACCGCUCGAGGAGAUCAUGCAAGCCGUUGUCGCUCAGUGAAUGUCAGUUUAGUUUGAGUGUAGGGUAGGCUAACAAAAUAAUCAAAUA